AUGCCAUAUGCGAUCUGCAAGCAUAUGCAAUAUGCGCUCUGCAACCAUAUGCAAUAUGCGAUCUGCAAGCAUAUGCGAUCUGCAAGCAUAUGCCAUAUGCGACCUGCAAGCAUGUGCAAUAUGCGAUCUGCAAGCAUAUGCGAUCUGCAAGCAUAUGACAAAUGCGAUUUGCAAGCAUAUGCGAUCUGCAAGAAUAUGCCAUAUGCGAUCUGCAAGCAUAUGCCAUAUGCGAUCUGCAAGCAUAUGCCAUAUGCGAUCUGCAAGCAUAUGCAUCUGCAAGCAUAUGCAGUCUGCAAGCAUAUGCCAUAUGCGAUCUGCAAGCAUAUGCCAUAUGCGAUCUGCAAGCAUAUGCCAUAUGCGAUCUGCAAGCAUAUGCCAUAUGCGAUCUGCAAGGAUUACAAUCUGCAAGCAUAUGCAAUCUGCAAGCAUAUGCGAUCUGCAAGCAUAUGCGAUCUGCAAGCAUAUGCCAUAUGCGACCUGCAAGCAUGUGCAAUAUGCGAUCUGCAAGCAUAUGCGAUCUGCAAGCAUAUGACAAAUGCGAUUUGCAAGCAUAUGCCAUCUGCAAGAAUAUGCCAUAUGCGAUCUGCAAGCAUAUGCCAUAUGCGAUCUGCAAGCAUAUGCCAUAUGCGAUAUGCCAUAUGCGAUCUGCAAGCAUAUGCAGUCUGCAAGCAUACGCAGUCUGCAAGCAUAUGCAGUCUGUAA